CGCCCUGCAUCGCGGUCUGCGUCGCAAAGGCCUCCUUCGACUGAGGAUCUUCGUCCCUUCGUGCACAGCGAUCUUGUCCAAGAUUACAUUCGUUCAUGGCCUUGCUUUUCCAGCGUCAGUGUUCUUGACAUAAAGACGCUUUCGUACCAACCGUAUCUAACGGAAGUAUUGGCGUGGCGCCCCAUUCAUUUACACAGUGUAUAUCCUUUUUUGUUCCCUCCUCUAAUAGUAAUGUCUACCACACUCGUUACCAGUCGAACACGACAAUCGACUACUACGCCCACUUCAACGCAAAGAAGUAUUGCUACAUCUAGCACCAGCUCAACACCAAGACCAUCCGGAUCCACCACACCCACUACACCUACAACAUCUUCAUCACCAACAAGCACAUCACAAAGCAGCCUGGCAUCCGAAUUCGCCACCAGUCAACUUGAAACCGAUGAUCGGAGUCCCAGCCCUACCGAAGCUUCACUUCAAUCCACUUCUCUUUACACCAACACCCCAGCCAUCGCAACAUGUUCUACAAACAGUGAUUGUGCAAACGACAGGAUAUGCUCCAACGAGAGAUGCAUCACCAUGGACAGUGCGGCUCCGUUUGGAGGAGCUGAUUCCACCUCACGGCUAACCACCGGAUCCGCUAUUGUAAUGGGAACAGGACUUGUUGCCCUUUUGAUGUUACUAACAGGAUUCGCGGUCUGGAUAUUGAAGCGCCGGACACAAAGGCCUGGCAACCAGUCAAUUGAAGCGCCCAUGCAAUCUCGGAGCAGAACCACCUCCAAUGCGACGGAUCAAAAGACCUUGGUGGCGUCAAUGCCGAACAGUCCCCAGUAUCCAGCCUUCAACUCUCAGAGUGCUAUGAGUCCGGGACUUUUCGCCAGGAUGGUAGCGCCUCAGGAAAUCAAGGAGGUUGCCAGCAGCAGGCAUGGGUCAAUGGACAAAAAAGCACUACCGCUCCUUCCCCUUCCACAACUCCCCCUUCCGCCCAUUCCAAAGGAGACCAAGAUCUACGCACUCAACGUCAGUAUCAACAAGAGCAUGAUCAUGGACGAAGACAUGAUGCAAGCUGUUAGUCCUAUGCGAGGCAACGAUACUCCACGCGGCGGUGCAACGCCGCGUGACCGCGCACCACGGUACAAGUUCGAAGAAUAUGUUCCACCUGUUGCCAACGCUCCUCCGCCCAUUGCGAUUUCGAGAGCACCUGCUCCUGGAUCCCAAAGUUCCGAGUACGAACUCGGGCAGUAUCCGAAGAAGGAACAGGAGAGUAAGGUUGUCCCGUUGUCAGAUCGGGGUCCAAACGGCGGCCUAGAGCCGUUAAGUCCUGUCGUUGAGACGGUUGCAAGCUUGGACGGCAAGGCGCGCCAACUCUCCUUGCCGGAUCUUCCACCCCCGAGCCCAAGCUUCAGCUUCCGUUCAUACGACUGGUACCAGGAUAUCAUAGAAGAGCCGUCAAACGGAAAUGGUGCACGAACACCAACACAGGUCAAGUUUCCUCCGACGCUUUCACUUUUCCCUCAGAGUACGAGCAGAAACAUGGACCUCGGUGUAUUACCAGAACCUUCUUCACCUGGUGCAUCUUCGAUUGCAUCAGGCACGUUUUUACAUCCAAGCUCGGCGGCCUUGUUGAGCCCCACAAGCCCCAACUUUCGUUUAUCACCAACUGUUUAUACCCCGCCACCCCGGCAAUCAUCACAACCACAACAACAUGUACAAAAACAAAAGACGGAAACAAAGAGCUCAUCACGAACUUCGGCAGCCAGUACUGCAAGUCACAAGACGCGUGAAUCUAGAAGCUGGCUCCCUGCUGAGGGACUUUAUCUUGCCGACGAGGGCGGCCUUACCCGAUAUUUGACUUUUCGCCGAGGGAAUGAAGACAACAGACCAACGAGCUAUUCACCCUUAGCCUGAACUAGCGAGUAUGCCGAGCGCAUACACGCUAGGUUCUGUCCCUCCAUUCCUCAAGGUCCGCAAGAAGACCUUGGUCGGCCUUGUUGGGUGAUGAACCUCGGGCGAUACUCUACCACCGCGACAUUGACCAGCUGCUUGGAGAGCGAAAACGGUUCUCUCCCCAGCGCGUCUAACGCAUGUGCAACGCCGCACGCGCUUGUGUCCGACUUUGGGCCAACGAGGUCACGGGAGAGCGUCGCGGCGCGGCAAGGAAGCGGGUCGCAAGUCGGCUGAAAAGCAUACCUUGUGCCCCAGGCGCGUACAGACCAGGGAUCGUACAUACGCAAAACAUACCCCCUGUUGUAGAGCAUUCAAUAAUCCGUGCCCACGCACACUUAUGUAAUCAUAGUAAUACCCAAAAUGAAUAAAGAUAUCAUUUUCCAGUGC